AUGCCAAACGCUAAUGGAGACUGGUCGUCGGGGGCGGAGUCCAGCGGAGAUGGCGAUGGCCAACUGACCAGGUCCUUGAUGCCAGGAGACACUACGCCACCAGGCAUGGGACCAGGAGGCAUGGGACCAGGAGGCAUGGGACCAGGAGGCAUGGGACCAGGAGGCAUGGGACCACCAGGCAUGGGACCACCAGGCAUUGGACAAGGCAUGAGACCAGGAGGCAUGAGACCAGAUGACAGUAGCAACUUAACCCGGUUUCUAGGGCCCCCUGGCAGCAUGAUUGAUUCUGCAUUCUGCGAUUAUAUGAUGAACCAAGAUCUGCCCUACGACCAGAUUCCCUUUUUCUGUCUGUGUUCACACUGUAAGGGCACAGUGGGGCCCAAAGGAGACCGUGGAGACCGGGGCCCCCCAGGCGCUCCUGGGAGUCCGGGGAGAAGAGGAAUGACGGGGUUCCCGGGCCCUCGAGGCUUCACAGGCUCUCAAGGGAUGAAGGGUCAGAAAGGAGACGUUGGGGACAGAGGGCAGCCUGGCCCUGCAGGUUUCACCGGGAUGAAAGGCAUGCGGGGAUUCAAAGGAGAAAAAGGGGACAUGGGAUUGGAAGGCCCCCCAGGCUCACAGGGCCCCCAGGGAGAGACCGGUACAUGCCCUGCCUCCUGUGAGAGUGUACAGGGUCCCCCAGGUGUACAAGGCGCCCCUGGACCAGCUGGAGCUCGUGGCCUGCCUGGGGUCCAGGGCACUAUGGGACUUAAAGGUUUUAAGGGCGACAAGGGUGACCUGGGUAGAUCCGGUGACAAAGGGAUGAAUGGCCAAAAGGGUGAUCAAGGUGAGCAGGGGGUGUGUGAGUGUACAGAUGGGGCAGAUGGUGCUGAUGGGACCCAAGGAAUGAAGGGGGAUAAAGGGGACAAAGGGGACACUGGUGGCCUGGGUGCAAACGGCGCCAUGGGGCUAAAAGGCAACAAGGGUGACAUGGGUUUCAGGGGGCAACCUGGGCCCUGCUCCCCAGCUAUCCAAUCAGCAUUCUCUGCAGCUAUCAAGAAGCCGUUUCCUGAGCCAAACAGGUCUGUUCCUUUCCCAUGGGUCAUUACUAACCAGCAGAUGCACUUCAACCCAAUCAAUGGCAAAUACCAGGCCCCCGUCAACGGCACCUAUGUCUUCUCCUUCAACCUGGCAGUUGCUCAAAAGCCUCUUAUAGUCGCCCUGUUCAAAAACAGUCAAUUUGUAGUCGUAGCAACAAACACAGCUGAUCAGUCCACCACCAGCCAGACUGUGGUCCUUCACCUCAAGAUGGGAGACCGCUUGUGGUUACAGGUGAAGAAUUCAGUCACCAACGGCAUGUUCACCGACAGUGAGAGCAGCAGCACUUUCUCUGGGUAUCUUCUGCACCCAGACUCCUGCGAAUUGCCCAAUCUCCGCGGACACACUGAUAUGCAUGACAGUGACAGUAGUAAUAGUAAUGAGUACUACUUUUGGAAAGACUCCACUCCACCAAAUUAG